AUGGAAAUGACCACUGCGCUGGCUGAGAAGCUGCACCAAGGGAAGGAAAAGGAACCAGAGUGGCUGCUAAACCUUCGUCAGCUGUAUGCGGAAGCACUGGCUCAAAAAAUCAUGAGCCAGGUGGUUAAAGCCGCUCGCCACUGCUGUCACACCGGUGUUUUCCAUGGUGACAUCAAGGCGGAGAACCUUCUCAUCAACCCUGACACGCUGGAAGUGAAGCUAAUUGACUUUGGCUGUGGAGAUAUGCUCACUCACACACCCUACACAGAAUAUGAAGGCACUUGGAGUAUCUCUCCACCUGAGUGGGUGUGUGAUGGAGAGUAUUUUGGUUAUCCUGCCACCAUUUGGAGUCUGGGAGUUCUCCUGUGUUACCUGGUCUGCGGACAUUUGCCCUUCCAUAAUGAGGAUGACAUCGUUUCCAGGAAGAUGUACUUCACUCCCGGCGUAUCUGAAGGCUGCCACAAUCUGAUAAAUUGGUGUCUUGACGCGGAACCUGAAUGUUGGCCCACAUUUGAAGAAAUCCUUAGACAUGAAUGGUUUACAUCUAGUGAAGGAUCUGAGUGAAGGUGGAGCUGUUGAAGACCCUCACCUUCAC